CAAAUCCGACAUUGCAGUAGGCUUCAGUUCUUCGACUGUUCAUCCCUGACACGUAGAAAUGAAAAUCUUCAACUGGAUGCACCGUAAACUGCACUCCGGCAACAACUACUCCCAGGUUUCACAAGAUGAAGAUGUCGAAGAGAAGGCAGUGGUGGAGACGGACACGGAUGCGCUGCUUCUCCAUGACAUGCUUAAUGGCAUCCUCACCAUUGGCACCUUAGGCCAUCACCACCACCUUGUGCCUGAAGCUUACUUCGAUUCAGAAGAGCUUCUCGGAGAGGUUGGAGAAGUCAUAGAGGAAGUGGAGGAAGCUGGGUUGUUCGAGGUAGCGAGAGAAGCUUCGGCAGCCGUACGCAAGGAGUCAUUUAAGAUCAAGUUGUCGGUCGAGGAUGAGGAGAAGAAGAUAAUGGAGGUGGUGCAGGUGCACGAGGUACAGGGAUCUGAGAAGAUCCUUGAGCUGCCAUUGCUGAAGGAGCACAAGGAGAAGAGACACCGGCGGAGGACGACGCUCGCCGAUCUGCUGGCGGCCAAUGCUGUCAGCGACAACGAUUCAGCGGCGAAGACAGUACCCGACGGAACCAAUGCGAGGGGCAAGCAGCAGGCGAUCAAUGCUAAGAAUAACAUGCAGCACAAGAAAAGUAAAGGAGAUCAGAAGCCACCUGCAACCACCACUACCACUGGAAAACUACAAACACUGAUACCAAGGAUGUUGAAGAAGAAGAUCCAUCCGGAGAUGGUAGAGCCCAAGGAAGAGACGCUGAAGGAAAGAAACAAAGCAGAGAAGCCUCCAAUCGCCGGGGAAGCAGCAUCUGGUAAUCUUCCCUCUCUCUGAAUAGGCGUCAGCCGUGUUCUAAGGUGCAGAUGAAGUGAACUGCAGCCAGUACUAUCGUUGUUCGCUGGAUCGCACAAGUGAUCGCCACCGGUUUGGUGUAGUUUCAUGUGGUUAUAUCUAAUCAAAGAUACAUAAAACGAUAGAAAAUUAUGUGGAGUCUCAACAAGCUUCCCUCACGCAGUCCUCCAUUGAGAUUAGGAUCGCAGCUCGCUUAUCUCGACUCCGACACUGUUCGAUGCACCAGUUCAGCUGGCGAUGAUUCGUU